CAAGCUGUGUUUCAACUUCCUUUUGGAGCAAGUGGUUUCCCGUACUUCUCACAGUUUUCAGCAGAGGAGAGCCUGACACAGUGUGAGCACGUCAACCCCUACAUGUACCCCUGAAGGACCCUCAAAAUGCGAUUUCCAGCAAAGAUUGUGUGGCUUACGUUAUGGGCUGCUUGUGUUGCAGAAGAUUGUACAGAACCCCCUCCAAGAAAGCAAACAGAAAUUCUGUCAGGUUCCUGGACUGCACAAACAUACCAAGAAGGCACUCAGGCGACAUACAAAUGCCAUCCUGGAUACAGAACCCUUGGGAGUAUUGUCAUGGUGUGCAGGGGUGGGAAAUGGGUGUCUCUUCAUCCGUCAAGGAUAUGUCAGAAAAAGCCCUGUGGACAUCCUGGAGACACUUCCUUUGGUUCUUUCCAUCUUGCAGAAGGAACUAAGUUUGAAUAUGGUGCAAAGGUUGUUUAUACGUGUGAUGAGGGGUAUCAGAUGCUAGGUGAGCUGAAUUUCCGUGAAUGUGAAACAAAUGGAUGGAGCAACAGUGUUCCUGUAUGUGAAGUUAUUAAGUGUUCACCAGUAACGGAACCAGAGAAUGGAAUUCUCAGUGGUGCCCAGGAACCAAGCCAAGAUUACACUUUUGGACAAGUGGUACAGUUUGAGUGUAAUUCAGGUUACAUGCUUGAUGGACCUAAACAAAUACACUGCUCAACAGGUGGUAUGUGGAGUGAAGAAAAACCGAAAUGUGUGGAAAUUGCCUGCAGACCACCAGACAUUUCACAUGGAUAUCCUGUAUCUCCAAAGGGAAUUUAUAAGGCAAAAGAACGAAUGCAGUAUAAAUGUGCGCGUGGGUAUGAAUACAGUGAAAGAGGGGACUCCGUAUGCACUAAAUUUGGAUGGGUCCCAGCUCCUUCAUGUAGAGAAAAAACAUGUGAUCCUCCUCAUAUUCCAAAUGGUUUUUACACACCUGAAUUAACCAAAUACAGAGCUGAAGAUAAAAUCAGUUAUGAGUGUAAAACUGGCUUUUAUCCUACAAUCCAUGGAAAUACUGCAACAUGCACUGGCAAUGGCUGGCAACCUGCUCCAAGAUGUACCUUGAAACCUUGUGAUUUCCCAGUAAUAAAACAUGGAAGCCUGCAUUAUCAAUACAGACACUACUUUCCAGCAAUGGUAGGACAGCAAUUUUAUUAUUACUGUGAUCGCUACUAUGUGCCGCCUUCAGGAAAUUACUGGGAUUCCCUUCGUUGCACACGAGAAGGAUGGUCUCCAAAAAUACCAUGCCUCAGACAAUGUACUUUCAAUUAUUUGGAAAAUGGACAUAACCCAUAUCGAGAAGAAAAACAUUUACAGGGUAAAACUGUAAAAGUUAGCUGCUUUAAAGGCUUCAGUCUUCAAAAUAAUCAGAACACAAUGACAUGUACAGAGAAUGGCUGGUCUCCUCCUCCCAAAUGCGUCCGUGUCAAAACAUGUUCAAAAUCAGAUAUAAACAUUGAGAAUGGAUAUUUUUCUGAAUCUGAGUUUACAUAUCCCCUAAAUACACAAACACAAUAUAAGUGUAAAUCAGGGUAUGUCACAGAAGAUGGUGAGACAUCAGGGUCACUCACCUGUCUGCAGAGUGGAUGGUCAGCUCAACCCGUGUGCAUCAAGUCUUGUGAUAAGCCAGUAUUUGAGAAUGCCAGAGCCAAAAGUGGCAGUGAAGGGGCGUGGUUUAAGCUCAACGAGGAGCUGCAGUAUGAAUGCCUGCAGGGGUUCGAGAGCCCCGGGGGAAACACCACGGGUACCAUAGUGUGCCGUGCGGAUGGCUGGUCCGAUAAACCCACGUGCUAUGAAAGAGAAUGCAGCAUUCCCAAAAUAGAAACAUACUUAGAUGUUUAUCCAAAGGACAACAAAUACAAAGUUGGAAAUGUGUUGAAAUUCUCCUGCAGAGAAAGACUUAUAAUGGUUGGAGCAGAUUCAGUUCAGUGCUACCACUUUGGAUGGUCCCCUGAUAUUCCAACCUGUAAAGGGCCAGUAAAACCGUGUGGUCCACCUCCUGUACUCCUCAAUGGGGAAGUUAAAGACACACAGAAAGAAGAAUAUAGACACAGUGAGGUGGUGGAAUAUGUUUGCAGUCCUAGAUUUCUAAUGAAGGGAUCUCAUAAAAUUCAAUGUGUUGAUGGAGAAUGGACAGCUUUGCCUGUGUGUAUUGAGGAGACGAGUACCUGUGGAGACAUACCCAACCUUGAUCACGGCUCCGUCGGGCCUUCCGACCCUCCCUAUCACCAUGGAGACUCAGUGGAGUUCAGUUGCAGAGAAGCAUUUACAAUGAUUGGACCCAGAUCAAUCACAUGUAUUAGCGGAAAGUGGACCCAGCUUCCUAAGUGCAUUGCAACAGAUGAACUUGAGAGGUGUAAAUGGUUAAAAAUACCUGGAUCUGAGACAAAACUACACGAUAAUGCUGAAUUUGACCAUAACACCAACCAAAGUUACAAAUGUCGAGGAAAACCAGAACACAAAUCCUCAGUCUGUAUAAAUGGAAGAUGGGAUCCUGAAUUAACCUGUGAAGAAGAAGCACAAGUACAAUUAUGCCCACCUCCUCCUCAGUUUCCCAAUACUCGAAGUAUGACAACUACAGUGAAUUAUCAGAAUGGAGAAAAAGUAUCUGUUCUCUGUCAAGAAAAUUAUAUAAAUCAAGAUGCAGAAGAAAUUGAGUGCAAAGAUGGAAGAUGGUGGUCAAUCCCACAUUGUGUUGAGAAAAUUUCAUGUUCUCAACCACCUAAUAUAGACCAUGGAACCAUUCAAUCAUACAGCUCUAUAGAAGAAAAGGGAGAAAUAUUGGAACCCAGGGUUUAUGCACAUGGCACCAAGUUAAAUUAUACUUGUGAAGAUGGUUUCACGUUAUCUGAAGAAGAUGGGACAACCUGCUACAUGGGAAAAUGGAGUUCUCCACCUCGGUGUGUAGGACUUCCUUGUGAACCGCCACCACCUUCGAUUCCGAAUGGUGUUCUCUCUCACACAUCAGACAGUUACCAGUAUGGAGAAGAAGUUACAUACGACUGUGUCAAAGGCUUUGGGACUGACGGACCUGCAUCUAUAAGGUGUUUAGGAGGAAAAUGGUCCAAUCCACCAGAAUGCAUAGACACGAGUUGUGUUAACUUGCCCCACUUUGAAGAUGCUGUACUCAUAAGCAAGAGGAAGAAAUCAUAUAAGUCAGGAGAAAAACUAACUUUUAAAUGUCAACUAUAUUACAAACUGGAUGGAUCCAAUACUGUAGAGUGUAUUAAUAGCAAAUGGAUAGGAAGACCAGCAUGCAGAGACUCUCAAGGAAAAUGUGGGCCUCCUCCACCUAUAGACAACGGAGACAUUACCUCGUUCCCAUUGCCAGUGUACCCUCCGGGCUCGACCGUUGAGUACCAGUGCCAAUCCUACUAUGAACUGGACGGAAACAGGACUGUAAUAUGUAGGAAUGGAGAGUGGUCAGAACCUCCCAAAUGCUUAGAGGCAUGUGUAAUUUCAGAAGAAAUUAUGAAAAUACAUAAUAUAGAAUUAAGAUGGAGACAUGAGAAAAAACUUUAUUCUAAAACCAACGAGAGUGUUGAAUUUCAGUGUAAGCAUGGAUAUCGUAGAGUGACACCUGCCCAUACAUUUCGAGCAACCUGUCGGGAAGGACAAAUGGCGUAUCCUACUUGUGGAUAAAACAGCAGUUAAAAUGCAGCCAUAAAACUGAAAUAUGCAGAUGUAUUCAGAAUUGUUCAUUGUUGAACCAAUUCUUCUCAGUUGAUCAAGUAUUGUUUAACUCCUUUUAUUCAUAAAUCAGAAUUUGUGAGAAAUCAGGUGGAAUCACUCCAGUGCUCCUUCCAUCCAUCAUUCUCCCAACUUUCUUAAAGUUUUCUGAGACUCUAUUUCAGAGGAAAUGAAAAAAAAAAUGCGUGUCUGAAUCUGUGAAACAACAUCACAAACACGUAAAAAGCACUGUGUCAUACCUAUGCUAGUAAUAAGAUCUAGUAGUUAUUACUUUUGCUUAUCUAUUAAUAGAAAAGUACAGUAAAAAGGAUGAAAUGCAUGUUCUUCUACAAGAUGUCUAUCUAGCACAUGUAAUAAACCAAACAAGU